AAACGGCCACGUCAACAAGUCGAGGAUGGAAUCAAGGAUUCACCCCCCGCCAAACGGAGCAAACGGCCACGUCAACAAGUCGAGGAAGGAAUCAAUGAUUCACCCUCCGCUAAGCGCUGCAAACGAGUGCUGACCGACCUGAAUGAAAUUGACAAUGAUUCAGGAAAUAGGAUCUUCUCAGCUACUUGGCAGUCGAAGACGGGGGUUAGCGGUCGAUGGUUUUUCCGUGCAAGUCUCAAAAAGGCUCAAGAUAAAACACAGACGGUUAUGUUCAUGCUGGAUUAUUAUAAUUCUCAAUGUGGAGUCUUCAGGACAUUGCUAGCCAUUCCCUUUGAUGCCUGGCGUGAUAAGAUGAUUGCAAUAUCAGACCAGAUUUCAACGCUUUUUCGCGAUUGCCGCAACUGGAAGGACAUUUUGGGGGUCAAGAAAGCGCUUGCAUUUUAGACCCACCCCUCACAACUGCCAAUACCACCCCUUCAACGUUAACCACGCCCUUCUCUGUAUAUAAAUAGCACGGGUCCCUGGACGACGACAAAUUGCCCCCGGAGCUGUACCCCUCUCGUUCAACCGCAGCCUCACCAAGAGAAACACCAUGAAGUGGUCCGGAUCUCGCCCUGAAGGCCUCGACCUAUACCAAGAGAUCUUUGUUUUAAGGAGUGACAAUUCCGUGUUUACUCCCUCGCUACCUCAGAUGGCGACCGUGGAUGAAGAUUCACCAGUGGUGAAUCUUCCUGCCUCCCCACCGCUUUCCCAAGACCUGCCCUGUGGCCAUGGAGAUCCGACACCCCCGAUGGAGCAAGCCCUUGAGAGUCAGAGGGAAUCGGCCUCGGCACCCCCGUCGCCACCUGCGGACACGCAAGCCCUUGAGAGUCAGAGGGAAUCGGCCUCGGCACCCCCGUCGCCACCUGCGGACACGCAAGCCCUUGAGAGUCAGAGGGAAUCGGCCUCGGCACCCCCGUCGCCACCUGCGGACACGCAAGCCCUUGAGAGUCAGAGGGAAUCGGCCUCGGCACCCCCGUCGCCACCUGCGGACACCCUGCCAGACGAUGAGAGCGGCGCAGAUGAAAACGAUGGGUGGAUUCGCUUCGGUUUCAUCAAAGCGGUGAAAACUGUGCUGUAUCGCCUUUUGACCGCUGCGAUCAGACAAUACAUGCACGAAAUGUGUUACGGAAGCGUUAAUAACCGUCCUAGUCAAAAAGAGCAUGGACGCUUGAAGCUGCUUGAGAACGAGCUCUACGAACAUAACUACUAUGGUAUAUUGCGAGUACUUUAUAACGAACGUUUCAUGGAUGCAGUUCAACAGUUUCUAGCCGCUCGCAACAUCCAUCAUGACAACGAGGCUGUUAAUGCUGUCAUACAAGCGUAUCUGUAUGAAUUAACGAUGGUGAAGCGUGUAUUUAAUACAAUAUAUGGCGGGUAUGAUCGGCUGGUUGAAGAAAACUGUGAACUAAAAGAACAACUUGAUGCCAUCACAGACUACUGGCGAGGGUCUUGAAACCAAUGCAUACAUGUUUUCUCAUGUCUUUUUAUAUAUUAAACUAGUUAGUGACAUCGUAUUAAAAAAGAGUGUCUGUUUUAUUUUCUACAUCUUUUCUUUAUGUAUAUAAAAAUGUUUUUUUUUUUUUUACAAUUACUUAGUGGUAUAAUAAAUGAAUGUAAUUUCUUUCCUGAUUAUGUUAAUAAAAAAAUAUAUAAACCCUGAAUACAGACGUCUUCUCCUUCAUUUAGCAUCACUACAUGUAUGUGGUAAGGUAUGGCUGAA